AUGUUGUCUUCCAAGACUUUCAUGAAGGCUGCCAAGGCCGUCACCCCGGCCAUCAAUGUCACCACUCGCACCUACGCUAAGGCUGCUACCAACUGGGCCAGCCAGAAGGUUGCCAUGUCCAACUUUGAGUCUGACAAGUUCAUUAACUACCAACGCAUUGAGGACAACCUUGAAAUCGUUCGUCGCAGAUUGAACCGUCCUCUCACCUUGUCUGAGAAGAUCGUCUAUGGUCAUUUGGACGAUGCUGAGAACCAAGAAAUCGUUCGUGGACAAUCUUACCUCAAGCUUCGUCCUGAUCGUGUUGCUUGCCAGGACGCCACUGCUCAAAUGGCUCUUUUGCAGUUCAUGUCUGCUGGUCUUCCCAGCGUUGCCGUUCCUACCACUGUUCACUGUGAUCACUUGAUUGAAGCUCAAGUUGGUGGUGUUAAGGAUUUGGCUCGUGCCAUCGAUAUCAACAAGGAAGUCUACGACUUCUUGGCCACUUCCACUGCCAAGUACAACAUUGGUUUCUGGAAGCCCGGUUCCGGUAUUAUCCAUCAGAUCAUUCUCGAGAACUAUGCUUUUCCCGGUGGUCUUAUGAUCGGUACUGACUCUCACACCCCUAACGCUGGUGGUCUUGGUAUGGUCGCCAUUGGUGUCGGUGGUGCUGAUGCCGUCGAUGUCAUGGCUGACAUUCCUUGGGAACUCAAGUGCCCCAAGGUCAUUGGCGUCAAGCUUCACGGAAACCUUUCCGGCUGGACCUCCCCUAAGGAUAUCAUCCUUAAGGUUGCUGGUAUCUUGACCGUCAAGGGUGGUACUGGUGCUAUUGUUGAAUACACCGGUAAGGGUGUUGACUCUAUCUCUGCCACUGGUAUGGGUACCAUCUGUAACAUGGGUGCUGAAAUCGGAGCCACCACCUCCUUGUUCCCUUACAACCACCGCAUGAGAGACUACCUCGUUGCCACCAAGCGUGCUCCCAUUGCUGAUCUCGCUGAUGCCUUCAAGCACAACCUCACUCCUGAUGAAGGUGCUCAAUAUGAUGAGCUUAUUGAGAUUGAUCUUGACAAGCUUGAACCCCAUAUCAACGGUCCCUUCACUCCUGAUCUUGCCACCCCCAUCUCCAAGUUCAAGGAAGCCGUCAUCAAGAACGACUGGCCCGCCGAUCUCCGUGUUGGUCUCAUCGGUUCCUGCACCAACUCUUCUUACGAAGAUAUGGCUCGCUCUGCUUCCCUCGCUGAACAAGCUGCUGGACACGGAGUUAAGGCUAAGGCUCAAUACACCAUCACCCCUGGUUCCGAACAAAUUCGUGCUACCAUCGAACGUGACGGUAUCAUGGACACUCUUACCCAAGCUGGUGGUGUUGUCCUUGCCAACGCUUGCGGUCCCUGCAUUGGUCAAUGGGAUCGUAAGGACAUCAAGAAGGGUGAGAAGAACUCUAUCAUCACUUCCUACAACCGUAACUUCACUGGCCGUAACGAUGCCAACCCUGCUACCCACGCUUUCGUUGCUUCCCCUGAAAUCGUCACUGCUCUCACUAUCGCUGGUGACCUCACCUUCAACCCUCUCACUGAUAGCUUGACUGGUGAAGACGGUAAGCCCUUCAAGUUCGAGGCUCCUACUGGAUAUGAACUUCCCCCCAAGGGUUACGACCCCGGUCAGGACACAUACCAAGCUCCUCCCUCUGACCGUUCCAGCGUCAACGUUGCUGUUGCCCCUGACUCCAACCGUCUUCAACUUCUUAAGCCCUUCAGCAAGUGGGACGGAAAGGACUUUGAGGAAAUCCCAAUCUUGAUCAAGGUCAAGGGUAAGUGUACUACCGAUCACAUCUCCAUGGCCGGUCCCUGGCUCAAGUACCGUGGUCACUUGGACAACAUCUCCAACAACAUGUUGAUCGGUGCUGUCAACUCUGAGAACGGUGAAGUCAACAGUGUCAAGAACACCUUCACUGGCAAGUACGAUGCUGUCCCCGCUACUGCUCGUGACUACAAGGCUCGUGGUGUCCGUUGGGUCGUUGUUGGUGAUGAGAACUACGGUGAAGGUUCUUCCCGUGAACACGCCGCUCUUGAACCCCGUUUCUUGAACGGUGCUGCCAUCAUUGUCAAGUCCUUCGCUCGUAUUCACGAGACCAACUUGAAGAAGCAAGGUAUGCUUCCUUUGACUUUCGCCAACGCUGCCGAUUACGACAAGGUCCAACCCGAAGAUAAGGUCGACAUUGUUGGUCUUGCUGAUUUCCAAGAGGGCAAGCCCUUGACUCUUCGUCUCCACCACCAAGACGGUAAGACUGAGGAUGUCAAGCUCAACCACACCUUCAACCAAGGUCAAAUUGAAUGGUUCAAGGCUGGUUCCGCUCUCAACUUGAUGAGAGAGAAGGCUGCUACCAACUAA